UGGUAGUGCAGUACCCACAACUGGUAGACGGCAUAGUGUGAAGAAAAAUGCUCGUGGACGACCAGUAAAAAUGUACACUUUGAAAGUGACUGUGUUGAAUGUAGACUAUACAAAGAGACCGUCCUCGUGGAAGGUGCUGAAGUUGCUUGAUAGUGUAGGCUUGGGAAAUCUCGGUAAACUGCUGGUGCCAUCAAAUCUGAUUGAACCGGAGUUUGUUCAAUUUCUGGAGCGGAAAUGUCCAGCUUUGAGUGGAAGGGGCCCCCUGACCUUUAAGCAGGCCAAAGUCAAAGGGGAUUUGUUAGACAUUGAUUGCCGGAAGACACCAAUGGACUUGAAGAAAUUGCUCGGAAAGUCCACGCUGUAUGUUGUACCAGCAGUCAUGAUAGUCAUGCCCCAACAGCAAAAUCAACGAGAAGUGAGUGCUGCAGAGGGAAGAGUAAGCACCUUCUUCUUCACACUCACAGGCCACAGAACCAUAUCGUCCUAUAAAUAACCAACAAACAGCUGCUGCUACACAU